AUGACUAACAUAUGGCUGAUUGGACAGUUACAAAGUGAACUUCCAGUAAAUGUAUUGCCUACAACAGAUAAGGUCAUGGACAUGUGGAACAAGGCUAGAAUACCAACAACCUACCAUACUCAUGUUGUAGAAAAAGUAAAGUCGGUAGUUGAUGACUACAAUCUAAUAAAAAAAACCAAAAACAGACAAAGUGAAGCACAACGAGCACGAGAGAAGGAAUUUGAAGAAAAGGAGCACAUGCUGUUUGAUAUUGCUCACCAACACGCCAUGCAGCUCAUCCGAAUUCAGGAAGAUAUAGAAUUUCUUGAAGACCAGAGGGGCAGUCGACGAAUGCAAAUGAGUGGCAUUGAUAAAGACCUGACCAAGAAAGAAGAGCGCACAGAACAACGUAAAUGCAAAAAAGAAGAGAGAAAAGAGCGAGAGCAGGAGCGGAUGACAGAAAGUACCUCACUACAUUUAUCUAGUUCUGAUGACAGUGAUAGUGAACAGCAGGACACAGAGGACAACUAUGAAAUUGAAAUUCCAGUGUACUACAAAAAGCAGAUCAGUGAAGUAGAAGACAGUCUGUCAAGCAGUGCCAGUAAAAAAACACGAACUGUGCAGAAUAUGUUGUCGUCGCCAGAUGUUGCUUCAGCACUGGAUAGAAUAAACCUGUCAGAUAGAAAGUUCACAGUAUUAGCAGCAGCCAUUGCACAAGCUAGUGGGCAAGACAUCGGGGAUACAUCUCUGUCACGUUCCACAGUUCAUCGUAAACGACAGCAACAUCGAUCAACCAUUGACAGCAGUAUUCGUCAACAAUUUCAGGAUCGUGACAGAAACCCCCUUCUGGUUCACUGGGAUGGGAAGAUCAUGAAUGAUGAUCCACACUCCAGAACUGAUAGACUGGCUGUUGUUGUGACUGGCUGUAAUGUGGAGAAAAUCUUAGGAAUUGUUAAAAUUGCAUCAAGCACGGGACAAGCACAGGCCAAUGCAACUUUUCAGUUGCUCAAAUUAUGGGACGUUAGUGAAGACAUUAUAGGCAUGUGCUUUGAUACUACUGCUGCCAAUACUGGGACGUCAAGUGGAGCAUGUGUUUUGCUGGAGAAACUGCUCCAUAGAAAUCUCUUGCACUUUGCUUGUCGUCAUCAUGUACAUGAAUUGAUAAUCGGUGAAGUUUUCACAGUUCUGUUUGGUCCAAGCCGUGGCCCCAACAUUGGAAU